AUGAGUGGCAACGAAGUGGACUCCGCCGCUGCGUCCGGAUUUUUACUUGUCAGCCUCCUUUUUGCUCUCACCAGUGUCAAUACUAUCACAACAAAGCGAUCCAAUGCUGUAAUAACCAAUAUUCCGUAUGGUGUUUCGCUGUUAGUGUUCUCAUUGGCUAUCCUACUCACUGGAGUGACGUCACCCUCCCCACACAGACAGCUUCUUCAGUCUGUGGUCCUUUGUUUGGCAGUGCUCUGGUCAAGCGUUGGGGUCAAUCACAUUUGGACAGAGGUCAACUAUUCACAGAAUCAAUCGUCCGAGCACUAUGUUUCUGCUCACGAAACCUUGUUUCCGGGUUAUGGAGGUCUCAUGUUGGUGUUUCUCGUUUACCUAGGUACUUCUCUAACAAGCAAGGACUUCCGGUCAUGCGCUGCAGUCUCGCUUAUUUGUUUGGUCAUGUUUACGUUUGAAAUAAUUAAUUUGUUUGUUAGUGUACAAGGAACGGGGGUUCUUCAUGUUUUGCUCACUUUGAUUUUUCUUUAUUUCUGUUUUUCAAACGUAACUUCACAUUAUAAACGCUCAAACUUUGUAUCUCCGGACAAUUUGAAAACUGAAACAAACUCGCCAAAUACAUCAAUUCACAGGGAUCAUUUACUUUUAAUGUAUUCCUUGAAUAUUGUUUGUUUUACCACAUUUGCUAGUUACGUCAUCAAUAUCAUUUCUGAUACGCGGUUUUCCUUUCCGUGGCUGAUAACUUCCGGCAUCUUCGAAAUAGUGGUUGGCAUUGCGUCAUUAAGAAGGACUAGUCACCAUAGUGCUAGCAAUGUCAUUAUUUUUGGUCUGUUUUGGUUUGCUGUUGGGUCGAGCUUAAUGGCAGAAAACUAUGUGUGGAGAGAGAUGAACUUCAUUGUUCCCACAUCAGCCGUCUUGUUUUUAUUCUUCUUUCUACUUGCUGUAGUUGAAAUUAAGCUCGAGUUAUUUAGCUCCGUGUAUUAUCUGAUGAUGUCGCUGUUCGUACUUUCUCUGGGUGUAGAUGGACUUGAGGGUGUGUUCAUAGGAGUGAUGGGAUGGGCUGGUAUUGUCCUCUCACUCUAUGGCCUAAUUGCUUCUUCAACUCGUUUAACAGAACUGGAAAUAAGGUUUCCAUUGGGUGACAACAUUAUGGAAAAUCAAAAACUCACGAAAUUAUUUUCAUGUUUUCAAAAAUUAGGUAAGAACAGACAAACGACAGACAUCCUAUCAGAUUCUCAUAAAUUGUCAGAAGACAUUAUGCUGGGCUACUCAAAGUAUGUCGACUCUCAAAGUGUAGGAUUCGCGGCUAACGCCGUGGCAGCAUUUUCUCUCGUGUGGAUACCUUCUGGAUCAGCCCCGUUAAUUUUACCAUGGACCGUAGGUUUCGGGGGACUGAUUCAGUUUGCUGUUGGUUUUGUAAGUUUCUCCAGAGGGUUAACAUUUGAAAGCUGUUCUUUUCUUCUAUAUGCAAGCUUUUGGUCUAUCUGGGGAUCGGUGCGAGCCCUAGAUAUCAUUGAAGGGGCUCAGGGCGUGACUUUGGUGGUCGGCCUGGUUGGUUUCCUGGUGACUGGUUUACUUUUUCUCGGUUUGUCUACCACUAUAAACAAGAUUUGGUUGUUGAUUUCCUCUGUUUUUUGCCUUCUCGUUGUCGCGUUCUUGUUACGUGGUCUUGGUGUUAGUAACUAUGGAGGGUUGGAGAUUGCAAUUGCCAUAGCCUAUGUCUUGAUAUUUAUGUACGGAGCUAUGUCGGCCAUAUUGAAAAAUGUUUGGGGAAGGGACAUUCUUCCAUUGGGUAAACCUCUACUUCAAGUCAGCAAACUACACUCGGAUCGCUCCAAAGCGCUGUUCAUGGAUCCAAGACGGGCGACUGGUGUGAAACAAACAGCAGAAAUCCUGAGAAACGGCGGUAUUUGUGGUAUUCCUACAGACACUGUGUAUGUAUUGGUAGCUGCGUGUAAUCAACCACAGGCAGUGAUGAGAGCUUACAAUACUAAGACUCUGGCAGAGGAUCGGCCCAUGUCUGUUUGGAUAUCUAACAUCAAACAGAUUGAGAAGGCUCGUAUGGAACUGGGUGAUAUCUGUUGGAACUUUAUGCAAGAAGUGUGGCCUUCUAAUAUCAGCCUGGUGUUGAAUAGAGGUGAAUGGGUCAAGAUAUUGGGGUUAGGGGAAGCUGAAAAACUAAUUGGUAAACCGGACAGUAUAGCAUUGAGAAUUCCGGACAAUACGAUCGUGUGUCACCUGAUUGACCAGACUGGCCCUAUAGCUGUGACGUCAGCAAAUCCCACUGGAGAGGCAGAUACUACCCAUCAUCUACAGGUUGUAGCCAAACUAGGAGUGAAAAAUUGUGACGGGAUUCUUGCGGACGGUCCUUCCCCUGAGAAUAUUGCCUCCACUGUUGUUGACUGCCGAAAAAUCAAAGAGGAGAAAAUCGGCUUCUUUCGGAUAGGUCUGACGCCGAAGUCAAAAGUCGAAGAGAUGUUCAAUAAGGUCAGAAUAAGCAAACAGCACACCGGAAGUGGCAGCGGUACAUCCUCGAUUGGCAUUGACAACGCAGGCUUUGACAGUUCUGACGUCACAACGGAGAAAAAUGUCAAGGCAAAUUUCGAACAGACAUCUGGUCUUAUACAUACAGCAAAAACUAUUGGCGGGAAAUUGCCUGUUGAUGGAAGUAAACAAAACCCAGUGUUUGUCGAUACAAAGUGA